AUGAGCGCAAAUGACCACAUGAACAUGGAAGGAAUGGGUGUCGUUGACAUGGGCAUGACUUGGACGGUCGAGGAAUCCCCGGAUGCGGAUUGCUACGCGGAAAACGACGCAUUCUUACAAACCCUGGCAUACUGCAUGUACUCCCAUUGUCCCACAGAGACCAACUCUACGCUGCAGAAAUUCUGGGAGAUGAACGUCGUUGGCAGCGAGGCGAAUCAACCGCUGCCCAAGGAGUCCUACCAGCAGGCACUCUGGAGCAUAAGGUUCACGCCGAACACAACUGUGAACUCUACGGAAAUUCUGAAAUCGGCAUCUCUUGUGCCUGAAGAGACUUACGCGCUCGAAUAUGGUACUCUGAGUGUUUUUGCCCGGGUUGAAAGAUCGCAUCAGACAUAUGGGUAUCCCAUUGCCCUCUCGCUCGCCCGGUUUAUUCCAUUUCCAACAAAAUGGAAAGCAAAGUUCCAGUCGUACUUCAUCCUGCCUCCUCUUAUUGGCAACCGCCACAAUGUACCCUUCUUCAACACAUUCAUCAUGCCUACACGGGGUCAAGCACUGUUCAUCGCCUACCUUAUUAUCAUCAAUAUCAUUCUCUGUGCAGUGGGUUUUGAGUCUGCGCACCCGAAUGCUUGGUAUGAUUCAAAACCGCGGGAAAUUGUCACCUACGUUAGUAAUCGCGCUGGAGUACUUAGCUUUGCAAACAUAGGACUGCUGCUUCUCUAUUCGGGCCGCAACAAUGUUUUGCUCUGGCUGACCAACUGGUCACACUCCACAUUCCUCCUCCUACACCGAUGGGUUGCAGCGAUCUGUGUUAUCGAAGCAUGCCUGCACUCCGCCAUCUACUUGCAGAUAUAUACCGCUCAAGGCAAACAUUCAAGCGAAAGUAAACGCCCAUAUUGGUACUGGGGUAUCAUCGCGACACUGGCUAUGGCGAUCCUGUUACCGGCCUCAGCACUACAGGUUCGCAAAAGGUGCUAUGAACUCUUUUUGGGGUGGCAUAUUUUCCUCUCUCUUCUCUCUCUUGUUGGCUGCUACCUACACAUCUUCUACCGAUACGCUCACCAAUGGGGCUACGAAAAUUGGAUUUACAUAGCACUCGGCAUCUGGGCCUUCGAGCGUGUGUUCCGCAUCCUGCGAAUGGCGAGACACGGCGUACUCACUGCAGAAGUGUCUGCCGUUGACGAGGAGUAUAUCAAAGUUGAGAUCCCGGGCAUUGUAGCCCACGGCCAUGUGUACCUUUACUUCCCAACCCUGACGUGGCGCCUCUGGGAAAAUCAUCCAUUCUCAGUCAUGACUGAUAUCAGAUGUAAGAGCAGCAAGGCGGAAUCUCCGGCAGACUCUUUGUCACCAUCGCCCAUAGAAAAGGAUGAUAAUGCCCAAGUCGGCGUUGCUCUUGCCGAAGAUGACUCAAGCUCAGGGAAAUUCUCUGCGUCGAUGGUAGAAAGCAUGUACUCUCGCCCGGGACUGCUCAUCUACAUUCGAACACAAUCAGGGCUUACUCGACAUCUCCGGAGAAGAUCACGGUUGCCGGUCCUCGUUGAGUCCACAUACCACGCGGUCUCAAUUCCGGGCAAAGAGACCACACAAGCAGCGAACAUCAUCGCUAUCGCCGGUGGAGUCGGCGUUACCGCUGUCACGCCCAUCCUGCUCAAACACAGUGGAUGGCACAAGUUGUUCUGGGCAGUACGGAGCAAAUCACUGGUCAAUUCCAUGGUUGGCUCUCUAGGCGAGGACCAAUUCAAACAACUGAAUGCUGUGAUUUUCCAUGAGCAACGCAUGCACAUUUCCCUUAUUCUUGAAGAAGAGGUCGCCAAGUGUACGGGCCCCGAGCUUACCGUAGUUGUAUGCGGGCCUUCGAGCAUGGCGGAUGAAGUCCGAGUCAUUGUGGCAGGUCUGAUGAGGAGUGAUCUUUCUGUGAAACUGACGCUGGUUGAAGAGUCUUUCAGUUGGUAG